CACCUACCUUCCUCAAGCUCCCCCUCUGCCCUCGCCUUGCUGCUCUGUGGUGCUGUGCUGUGCUGUGCUGUGCGAGCUAGGUGGAGCAGGAGUGAGCUCGAGUUCACGUGCUCGUGCUUGGAUCGAUCGAUGGCCAUGGCGCCGUACGAGCAGGUGGUGGACGACCUGGCCAAGGGGCAGGAGUUCGCGACGCAGCUGCAGGGCCUCCUCCGGGACUCCCCCAAGGCCGGCCUCAUCAUGGACCAGAUCCUCCACACCUUCUCCCGCGCCAUCCACGCCGCCAAGGCCGCGGCCGCCGCCAGCGCCAGCGCCAGCAGCGGGAGCGAGGUCACCGACGGCGCAACCAGCGGCGGGAAGAGGAAGUCCGCCGCCGGUGGAGGGCCGCGCAAGGCCUGCCGGACGAGGACCCAUGAUUCGUCCGUGGUCACCAAGAAGAUGAAGAGCUUGGAGGACGGGCAGACAUGGCGCAAGUACGGGCAGAAGGAGAUACAGAACUCCAAGCACUCCAAGGCCUACUUCCGGUGCACGCACAAGUACGACCAGCAGUGCCCGGCGCGGCGGCAGGCCCAGCGCUGCGACGAAGACCCGGACACGUACAGGGUCACCUACAUCGGCGUGCACACCUGCCAGGACCCCGCCGCCGCCGUAGCGCCGCAUGCUCCUCAUCUGACCGGCGGCUGCCACCUCAUCAGCUUCGCGCCCGCCGCCGCUCACGUCCUACCCACCACCAGCACGACCACGACGAACACCAACCUGGUCGACCAGGACGCCGCGGCGAGGGGGUCCGGCCUGCGGCUGCCGGGCCUGAAGCUUGAGGGCGGCGACCUGGAGGAGGUGCUGAGCAGCCGCACCCCCGGGAGCUCCGCGUUGCACGGCGCGGCGACCUGGCCCGACCAGGGCGACGUGACGUCCACCCUGCAGUACGGCCUCGGCCAGGGAGACCUCUUCUUGGAUGGUUACACGUAUCUCGAGGACUUCAUGCCGCUCCCGUACGGUCUCGACCAUUGAUCGGCCGAGCCGUGGGUCGGGAGGAUCGAUCGGCUGGCUCCUCGCGUAUGUAAAGUAUAUGCAAAUAAUGGCUUCGUGGAUCCUCCAUCUUCCUGAGCUGCGCGUCCUAGUUUAGUUUGUACAUUUUUAUGUCUAUGUAUCAUGUCAGUUAGAAAUCUGCGUGUUUGCUAUUGACGUACACGCCUGUGUACGUACGUAGAUUAUGGAGUAUGUUAGUAGCCUUAGCGGGGCCGAGGUUUUUUGCCACUCCCAAGUGACUGGGAGGUGAACAGAAAACCUCACAAUAUUUUGCUCUCCGCUCUACCUCUUGUGUAAGAAACUUGGCCUACUCGGCUACUCGACCGCGGUGGCGCCUCAGAUGAAGGUGUGGUACAAGCUUAAA